GGCUGGGCUCAAUCUAGAUUGCAGAAGCGAAUGCGUCCACGCCAGAAGGGGAGCUUACCAUUGAGAAUCAGCUCAGUCCUCUACCCUUGCUUAAAGGGGUCCGCUUUCAUCCACUCGACGUCGUCUACAUUUGAGAGUACCCCUCCUAUCCACAACUUCUUCAAAAGUGAUCCACAAGUCUACCCACCACGGCAACCCCUGGCGUAGGUGCGUGCCUGACUUGUUGCCCUCCUUCCACUGCCGAUCCAAGCGGCAUCCAGAGCCGAGGCCAAAGUCAAGACCAGAGAGCAACACAGCAAACGCGGCACACCAGAAGCCGAGGCAGCGACGGCACUCGUAGCACUGCUGCCACUCUCACCCUCACCGCCACGCCACGCCCCUCAAGAGCACUGGCUGUACCUGCCUGGAGUCUCACAUCUGCACCUAUAGUACCCCAUCUCCAGCAUGUCUCGCUUCCUACGAGGCCUACGUGGCACACCCGCCUCCUCGUCUGCCUCCUCGUCCACUUCUACAGCCGCAGACAGCACUGCUCCCUCUCCUCUGAGCAACUCCGCCUCCACAUCUGCCAAUACCUCUCGUCCAUCCACACCCACACACCACCUCCUCUUUGAGCCUCAUGGCCAAGUGCGGCGACGUCCUCAGGAGGAACUCUCCGCCGAGGAUCAGGCAAAGGUUCGAAGGCUGCGCGAACACAUGGAGAGGCUAGUGCAGAAUCAUUACUACAUUGACGCGGAUGGAGUCGAGGGAAAGGGGAAGAAGAGGAGAGAGGAUGGCUCCAAGGAUCCUCAGGGUCAGCUGGUGGAACAAUACUAUGAGCAGUGGGAGUAUAGGUGGCUCGAUCUAGAGCAAGGAGAGGGCAAUACCGUCAGGAGAUAUCUCAGGGCGGGUAAAGGCAACGAGGAAGACGCCAUCAAGAGGCUCGAGUCCUCUCUGGCAUGGCGUCGCUCCUUCAAGCCAGACAUCAUCGUCCCCGAAGACGUACGCGUGGAAGGCGAGACGGGCAAGUCCCUCCCGCUAGGCUACGACGUCGAGGGUCGCGUGGUCCUCUACCUCAAUCCGGGAAAGGAGAAUACCAGGCCUUCGGAGCGCCAGAUCCGACACGUCGUCUGGGGUCUAGAACGAGCCAUAGACCUUCUACCCCCCUACCAGAGCAAGCUCACCUUGGUCAUCGACUUCAAGCACUCUUCCCAAGCGCAGAAUCCCAACAUGUCCACUUCCAUCCGAGUCCUCUCCAUCCUGCAGAAUCACUACGUGGAACGCCUGGGCCUAGGCUUGGCCCUCAAUCCACCCUGGUACCUCAAUGCCUUCUGGGCCUCCCUUCAACCCUUUCUCGAUCCAAUCACAAAGACCAAAGUCAAGUGGAACCCGCAGGGCGAAGAGCUCCGUGGUCUUAUUCCACCUCAACAGCUUCCAAAGUAUUAUGGUGGCGACUACAACUUUGUGUUUGACAAGGACAUCUUUUGGAAGGAGAUUACGGACUGGUGCGGAAUUGCCGAGGAUGGCAAGAGGAGUCAUGAAAGUUGGAGCAAGAAGGGAGGGAAACCCGAGGAGGUGGACAUGGCAGUGACAGAUCGUCAAGGGGCCGCUACCAAUGCAGGUCGCCCAGCUUCGAUAGCCUCAUCGGCAUCCGAUGGAGCUUCCUUCACGAGCGCAAGCGGGGAAGCGAAUGGCGCACCGCCAUGACAGGUCGGUCGGGUCAGGUCAGGUUAGGUCCGAUCCGCUAGACGAUUCAGACAUUUCAGGUCAGAAUUGGGAAAGGGUUGGACACGAAGCAUGUCUUAUAGAGCCAGUGCCAAGAUGUGGACGCAGACGCAGACGCAGACGCAGCUGCAGGCAAGACGAUACCUAGACUAGGAGCCACUCCACUUGUGUACCGUAGAGCAGCCAGAGCGAUCCACUCGACGCCCAUCCAAAUUUUUAUCCACAAUGACAUUCAUCCCCC